ACUCUCGAUCUCCAUGGACGAAGUUGACGAAGAUUUUGUUCGGAAGCGAGUCGAAGAGGGUAAUAGUCAUGCUGUCAUUACUGAAGAAUUACAGACGAUGUUUCCAGGACUUCGGGGACUCAGCGAACGAUCUGUUCGACGUUUCUGUACAGACAGAGGCAUAAGUCGACGUUGUUCUCUGACUAAAGAGGAACUAGAACGCUGCGUGUCUGACGCCGUAAGCGAGGUCGGACCAUCUUGCAUCUUCAGAUCGUCAAAAAGCAAGAAGAAGGCAACGGCUACGCAAUGCAAGUUUAAGAUUUCUUGUACUUGUAGGCGGUCGCCAGUAAAUUUUUGAUUUGCUUUGACUUUUACAAAAUAAUACAACUUUACAUAUUUUAACUGCUAAUAUGGUCUUGUUUCAAUAGUCAAGAUUGUAACAUGGUGGUGUAGCGGACGGAAG